AUGGCCCCGAUAUUGUUAGGAGAAGAUUCUCUCACGUACGAUACGACCGUAGAGCGUCUCCAAAAGCAAUUAGAGCUCCAGAAAUCUGCCUUAGUCGCUAGGUAUGAGUUUGACAAGCGAGCGCGUAAAGCAGGAGAAACGGUGAGUCAUUAUGCUGCUGUUUUAAAGCAUCAAGCUACGGAUUGCAAGUUUAAUGAUGCCAUGCGUUUGGAAAGGCUCAGAGAUAGAUUGGUUUCGGGUAUUCGAGAUAAGAGAAUGAUGUCAGAGCUCUUGAAUCUCAAACUCGAGGAACUGACAUUUGACAUUACCGUAGCGAAGUGCAUCGCUAUUGAGCAAUCUUACAAGGAUGUUAAAGCUCUCUAUGGAGGUAAAGAGCCAAACCCAGUCGAUUUGCUAGCCAAGUCAAGGCCAAGCAAGAAGCCUAAACCUAAGAAAGAAGCUAAGUUUUCAGGGAAGGAGGGUUCCCCAUCCUCUAAAGAGUCCGGUGCUCAAAGUUGCUACCGCUGUUUGGGAAAUCAUGAUCAUAAACGUUGUCCGUUCAAAAACGAAAAGUGUCAUCAUUGUAACAAGACCAGCCAUAUUGUCAGGGCUUGUAAAUUCCAAAAAAAGGAGACACAAGCUGCCCAAACCCCAGUAAAUUAUGCGGACAGUGAUGAGGGGGACAGCGAUGAUUAUUUGGGAUCCCUAGAAGUUAAUAACGUGAGCAGCAAGGAUCAUGUCAUAUGGGUCAGCCCCGAAGUACAGGGAAGGGUGGUCAAGAUGGAACAGGUUCAGCUGUGUCUGUACUCCCAUACAAACAGCAUAAGGAACAUUUUUGUCAUGUUAAACUUGCAAAGAGCGUUGUAACGCUUAAAACCUACACUGGGCAGAAAAUCACACCUAAGGGAGAGAUGAAGUGUAAUGUAAGUUUAGGGGCCAGGAAAAGGAGUCAACUCUGCAAGUUGAUGAGACACCGGGGCCAGCAUUGUUUGGGCGUGACUGACUCUCCAAAAUUCAACUGA